UUACUAAACACUUCAAGCUAACACAAAAUUGAGAGCUACACUUAUAAAAAGCAAAGCAGCACGAAAUAGCUCUUGAUACUUAUAUUGGUAUAGAGAAUUCAGGGUUGAGGAAAAUUUUUUUCCAGAAAAUGCCAAUCAAUAGAAUUGCGAUCGGGACACCGGGAGAGGCGGGCCGGCCAGAUGCCCUAAAGGCGGCUUUUGCGGAGUUCUUUUCUAUGCUUAUUUUUGUAUUUGCCGGAGAAGGGUCUGGCAUGGCUUUUAACAAACUGACCAAUAAUGGGUCAAGCACACCAGCCGGACUUGUAGCUGCAUCAUUGGCUCAUGCAUUUGCCCUGUUUGUGGCGGUUUCGGUUGGUGCAAACAUUUCAGGGGGUCAUGUUAACCCUGCUGUGACCUUUGGUGCAUUCAUUGGUGGCAACAUUACUUUGUUAAGAGGCAUUUUGUACUGGAUUGCACAGUUGCUAGGCUCAGUCGUCGCUUGCUUGCUCCUUAAAUUUGCCACCGGUGGAUUGGAAACGUCAGCUUUCUCCCUGUCCUCUGAUGUAUCCGCCUGGAACGCACUUGUCUUCGAGAUAGUGAUGACUUUCGGCCUAGUCUACACAGUAUAUGCCACAGCAGUGGAUCCAAAGAAAGGAAAUUUGGGGAUUAUUGCCCCUAUUGCUAUUGGUUUCAUAGUGGGUGCCAACAUCUUGGCUGGUGGUGCUUUUGAUGGGGCCUCCAUGAACCCAGCAGUGUCAUUCGGUCCUGCUGUUGUUAGCUGGACCUGGACUAACCACUGGGUUUACUGGCUUGGUCCAUUGAUUGGGGCUGCCAUUGCAGCCGUUGUCUAUGACAACAUUUUCAUUGGUGAUGCCACCCAUGAGCCUCUUUCUACGAAUGAUUUCUAAGAAUUUCCAUUUUGUCAAGGGUCAAGUUUCUCUCUGACAUUUUUAGGUCAUGGAGGGAAUAAAAGUUGGGAAGGGAAGUGAUCGUUUCUCAGGUUGAAAAUUAGGGUUGAAUUUGGAUUUCUUGUACUUUUGUUGUAGUUGUAGUUUGUUUGAAAUUUGUGUUAUAUGAGUGCAUAAGAGCUUCUUGGCUCUCUUUACUUCCUUAUAUCAGUUUAUUUAUGUGGUUUAUCUGGAAA